AUAUGUGUUGCUUGUUCCUACCGAUUGUGUCAUGUUCUUAUAUUAUGUCUUCUCUAGAAUAUUUUGUCUUGAGCCAGGAAUGGGAUGGCCCUCUAUCUCAUCUCUGAGGUAGUGGUAUGAACUGAUACGCUUUACCCUCUUCAGACCCACUUUGUAGGAAUAUAUUGCUUGUUGUUGUUGUUGUUGUAGUAGUACUAUGGUUGACUUCUUAUAGAAAUUUCAUUAAUGUCUUUAAUUUGAUGUUUAAAUUCUUUCUAGCUGUCACUACUCAUCUCUAUACAUAAAAUUUGGAUUUUUAGCGUAGAUAGAGAGCUUAAAUUGAAGGGGAGCGUUGGAGUAACCAGUAAAGUUGUUGCCAUGCGGUAAAGUUGCUACCAUAUGACCAGGAAGUCACAGGUUCAAGCCUUGAAAGCAGCCUCUGGCAGAAAUGCAAGUAUUGACUGAAAUGGAAGAUGUCACAAGUAAUGGAAUUCAAGUUGACCACAAAGUAGUUCAGACAUUGCAAAGGAAUUUUGUGCAAGUACAGAACAUUUUGGAUCAAAACAGGUUGUUAAUCAACGAGAUAAACCAGAACCACGAGUCAACAAUCCCAGAUAACUUGACUCGAAAUGUUGGUCUAAUUAGAGAACUAAAUAACAACAUUAGAAGAGUAGUUGAUCUCUAUGCUGAUAUCUCCAGUUCUGUUACCAUAUCUAUGGAGGCUUUCUCCGGGGGUGAAUCAACGAAUGCUAAUCAAUCAGAUCGUAGAGACGGUCAGAAGAGAAUUAGGUCCAGCUGAACUGUGACCAUAUUGAAGUUCUGCUCUCUUUAAAUAGGUUUGAGUAAGAACUGGAUGGAUACCGAGGAUUCACGUAGUGUUGAUGAAAGAUCCUCUAACCUUUAUCAGUUCUAGGCUUAUAGCUAUAAAACAUUUUGAAAAUAAAUCCUCUCUGGUCAUGUGUUCCUUUGUUAUCCUUCUAUCUGCUUUCACUACUGGACUCAAAUUCAUAGUUGGCAAGUUGCAGUUUUUCUCCUUGUAUAUUUGUUCCGCUAGAGUUUCUUGUUUCGUCUUCGGAUGUUUGAGUGGGCGUGAAGAAACUAGACAUAGAGCUCGCUAUAUCCUGAAAAUUAGCUCAUAAGCUGGGAUUGCCGGACCAUAUAAAGAGACAGCUACCAAUACACUCAACCAAUUUUAGAUUCUGAACGGUGAGUGGCCGGGUGUGAGCAAAGCAGGCACUUAUGUCUUACAGGCUUCACAAGAAGUCAGCUUGGGCCUCGAGGACAGUCAUAAUGUUGUAUUUCAGUUGAAUCUGUUGCCAUUUUUGUUAUUAUUGUUGUUUCUUGUA